GCUCGCGCUCCCGGACUACGAUCCGGCGAACGUCCUGCGCGGCGAAGACGGGCUGUGCGUCGGCGUGAAGGACGCGACGCUCGAGCGCUGCGCGGGGCGGCUGGUUGUCAGCGCCGAGCCGACGGAGGCCGGUGCGCGCGCGACGCUCGAGGCGCUCGGCGACGACGACGACGGCGCCACGGUGGAGGUCGUUGUCGAGGGACUCGUGGUCGUCAGCGGCAAGGGGUCGCGCAUCCCGACGGUGCGCGUCCGGCGCGUCAAUCUGCGGGCGCGGGCCACCUGGAGCGCCGCCGUCGCCUGCAUCAGUGUGGAAAUCAACCAGUGCGUCGGAAGCACCCGACAAUUCUUCACUAAGUCAUGCACCGCGCCGUAAAAAUUUUGAUUUCCGCGCACAGGCCUGCGUCGAGGGCCAGUGGACCAUAGAGGCCUUCAAGGCGUCGAUCAGGCGCUGGUCGGCGCCAGGGACGUUGUCGCGGACCGCGGCGCGCGCGGUCCUCAAGCUCAUGCUACCGACGCUGCGGGACGCCCUGCGCCGCUCGUUGCCUCCGGAGCUCGGGGAGUUCUUCGCGAGCCUACGGGGGCCCUUUCGGGCGGAGGGCUCGUUCGACGUCCGGGCGGCGCCGCCUACGGCUGUCGCGUCCGCGCCGCUCGACGGCGCCUCGUCAGAGGCCGAGGCCGCGCGAAGGCUCGUCGGCUGGACGCGCGCGCAGGCUUCCGCCUUCGCGGAAGGUCGAAAUGUUAUCUUCGGCGGCGGCCGCAAGAAGAAGGAGCUCCCUCCGAUGGCCUCGCUCGCUGACGUGGGCGCGUAUCUCCGGCGCCACGAGCCGCCGCCCGCGCCGCCGGCAGCCGCGUCGCGGUUGCCGCGGGAGCGCUCCAGUGCAAACGGAGGACGGCCCGUCGGCGCCCUCUGGACCGAGGCCGCCGCUUUGCUAUCCGCGGCGGCUCCCGCGGGCCAACGCUGGAGCUGGACGGACGUCGCCGGCGCCGCGACGCGCUUGCGGCGGCGCCCGUGCGAAAUGAGGCUGCGCCUGCCGACCAUCGCCGGGGCGGUGCCAUUGAGACUGGCGCAUCGCCUCUUUUGGGACUAUCAAGCGCGCGUGGUUGCGGCCGAGGACGUCUCGGGCGUCGCGGCGCAAAACGUGGCACUUCUGCGAGAGCGCGGCGCGUCGAGCCUCACGCUGCUCGCCGAGAAAAUUAGAUGUGCCCAAGGCGUCGUCUCGUUGGUCGUCGAUGACCGCAGCACUCGUGCGGAAAUCGAUUGUUCUUCGCCACUAGAUUCUCGGCGACGACGCGACUGGGACUCUGGUCAUUUCCGCACAGGUGGCGACUCGGCCCUGAGGAUUAGCUCGGCCACCGUCGAGAGCCCGGCGCCCCAACCUUUCGAUGCGCGAAGCAUCAUCGUCCGUCCCGAGGGCGACGUGCCGUACGAGGUCCGGGCGCGUCCCUACUCCGAGACGAGCGCCGCGUGUGAUGCCGCCGUCGCGUUCGACGACGCGCCGCGUGUGCUGACGCCGACGCAAUUCGAUGACGACGACGACGAGGAGGAUGAGGAGGAGGAGGACAGCCGCGACGGCGCCGCGACGCCGCCGCCGCCGCCGUCCGCGCCGGUUGAGAGCGUUACAGUCGUCGACGACGACGCCGGCGGAGACACUGCGCCGGAAGACGACGGCGCGGGGGCGCCGGACGGCGUGGCCGUCGAGAUUUGCCGCGAAGGCGACGAGGCGUGGCUCUCUGCCGCGGUGCGCAAGGCCACGAUGUCCUUCAAGGCGACCGGACCGCCAGUCAACGGCAGUGUACACAUCACAUUUCUCGGACCCGACUCACUGUGGUUGAUUUGCGCACAGGUCACCGGCACGGCGGCCGUAGGCCGGAUAGGGGUGGGCGGCCUCUCCGUCGAGAUCAACCAAGGACUGAGCGUCGUCCUCGAGAUCGCGGACGCCGCGAUCCGCGGCCGCACCGUCGCGAUCCUACGGGAGCUCGCCGACGUGUUCGCGGCGCCCGACGCGCUCCGUAGCUGGUGGCCCGGCCCCGUCGACACCGCCUCGUGUGAUGAAGCGGUCCAAGUCCUCGACCUGCUGCGGCGCAACGGCCGCGGCGAGGGGAAGUGGCUCCGCUUCGCCGUAGACGUCGCCGGGACGCUUCGAAAGGACGGCGACGACCUGAUCCUGGCCGGCACCGCCACGCAAGGCGUGCGCGUCGACGCGGCGGGGAACGCGCGAGACGUGCUACUGGACGCCUCCAUCCUCGGCGACGCGAUCCGGCGCCGACGGCUCCUCGAGGCGGCCGCGGCGGCGAGCAAAUAGUGUGGUGUGAAGUAAGUGUGCUGUAUUUAUUUACUGUAUUUAGUUAAACGCGCGACC